AUGGCAGCAAUUUGCAAUGUCUUGAUCAUUUCAGCAGCCUUAGCGGCCGCCCCUUCGAUGGCCACAUCCUUAGUCACCUUUGUUUUCGGUGACUCGUUAACAGAAGUUGGGAACAACAACUACCUACAAUUCUCCCUUGCGAAGUCGAAUUAUCCAUUUUACGGGGUUGAUUAUAUUGGUGGAAAAGCAACGGGGAGAUUCACAAAUGGAAGAACCAUUGGUGACAUUAUAUCUUCAAAGCUUGGGAUCCCUGCACCCCCACCAUAUCUUUCACUGGCACCAAAUGAUGAUGCACUACUAGAAGGAGUGAAUUAUGCAUCUGGUGGAGCUGGAAUUCUCAAUGACACAGGGCUUUACUUUAUACAGAGGCUAUCAUUUGAUGAUCAGAUAAAGAAUUUUGAGAAGACAAAGGAAUCAAUCAAGGCUAGAAUUGGUGAAAAGGGAGCCAACAAGCUUUGCAAGGAAGCAGUCUAUUUCAUUGGAUUAGGUAGCAACGAUUAUGUCAACAAUUUUCUUCAGCCAUUCCUGGCAGAUGGUCAACAAUACACACAUGACGAGUUUUUGGGGCUUCUAAUCUCAACCUUAGGCGAACAACUCACAAGGCUUUACCGACUUGGUGCACGAAAGAUGUUGUUCCACGGGCUUGGCCCGCUUGGCUGCAUCCCGUCCCAGAGGGUAAAAUCAAGCCGAGGACAAUGCCUAAAGCAAGUCAAUCUGUGGGUGCAGCAAUUUAACUCCGAAGUACAGAAGCUAAUAGCCAAUCUAAAUAGACAUCUCCCAUCUGCACAAUUAACCUUUGCAGACACUUAUCAAGCAGUUUUUGAUUUAAUCGACAACCCUACUGCAUAUGGUUUUAAGGUAUCGAAUACAUCAUGCUGCAAUGUGGACACACAACUUGGAGGGCUUUGUGUACCUAACUCAAAUGUAUGCAAGAAUCAUAGCGAGUACGUAUUUUGGGAUGCUUUCCAUCCUUCAGAUGCUGCAAAUGAAGUGCUUGCAGGAAAACUCUUCGCCGAGCUUUUCUCCCACCCUCCUUCAGCUGCUCCAGUGCCAUCCCCUUGA